AGCCAAGUGAAGAAGAAAUACCAAGAGUUUCCGUUAAGGACCUCAAGGCAAAUUUCGAUCGUAAUGCUAAUCAAACACAAAAGCCAGUAGUUCCAGUGAGACCCCCAAGUCUUGCACCAAAACCUAAUUCGUCCAGUUUAAAUAAUAAAAUAGCACCUGUUGUACCUCAAAGACGAGUUAAGGAUGAUACUGUAAAUACUUCGAAACCACCAUUACCGCCAAGGAAGCCUCCUUCUUCACAUGAUAAUAAUGAUAAUACUGUAAAUACUUCAAAGCCACCUUUACCACCAAGGAAGUCUCCUCCAAUAACAAAUGAUGAUAAUAAUGAUGAUAAACCUCUGAUACCUUCAAGAUCCACGAAAUCCGGACAAAUAACAAAGGUGUUGGAUUCAAAAAAGAUUGAUCAAGCUCAAAACAAAGUAAAGAGUACUUCACAAGAUAUGGCGGGGCAAGCUGCAAGACGGGGCAUAUCGCAGGCAUUCGCACAAGGCAAAGCUGAAUAUGGUGAAUCAAAAUACGGAAAAAAAGUUCCUGAUGAAUUUUUAAACCGCGCUGAAAAAUUGGCUCAAAAGGAAGCUGACAAACAAGCACAAAAAGCUGCAGGCGAUGCUUUUGAUGAUAAAGUGGCAGAAUUACGCAAAGAAAAUGUAUCGGACGCACAAAAGUCGAAAUCCAGUAAUAAUACUAAUAAUGGAUUUACAUUCUCAAAAGCGUCCGAUAUGGUUUCUAAUGCAUUAACAAAAUCAAAUUCUUUGAAGCCAUCGAUUCCUCCAAAGAAAACUAAUAAUACAGAAAUUAAAAUUCCUCGUAGACCGAUGCAACAUAAUAAUCCUUUCAAAGAGCGAAACCUAUCUCAAGGAAUUAAGCCUGAUGCGAGAGCACGGUAUGAAAUUGUCUUUGAAGCAAAUAAGGACGAUGAUGGUUAUAUUGACGGAGCCGUUGUCAAGGAAAUAUACGUACGAAGUCGACUGGACAAUCAAACUUUAUGUAAAAUAUGGGAACUUUUGGACACUGAUGAAGAUGGACGCUUAUCCAAAAACGAAUUUAGUGUUGGCAUGUUUUUGAUUGAUGAACGGCUAAGAGGAAAUCCGGUUCCUGAUGAGUUGCCUGAACAUUUAUU